UUUUUUUGUUUUAGAGAUGCUCAGUGUAGUUUUUAAUUAUUUUCUGUGGGCUGGUCUAUGUGGUUAAAUCUUUAAUCUGUCCCGCUGGAUGAAAGUGGACACACAUAGACUCUCCAAAGGACUUUUUUCAGGAUUCUGCUCCCCCUUGCUGAGUUGCUCUCUAUCAUUGUUUCGCUCCGGCAUUAACCACAUUCCAGAGCGCCGCAGCGCAGCCCGUCUCCCUCCGCGCAUUCCUCUCACACAAACGAGUCCCCAAUGAAUCGUUUAAUACACGCACACUCGUCCGUCUACGCGUUCAACAUCUCUCCUGUUUAUUGCGAAAUUCUCGGGGGGGAAUUUUAGGAGAGCUGGAAUCGCUGGAAACGAGUUCGCAGGAACAAUCAAGGAAAAUCAAAGCGAGAAAAUUCCUCCGCGCAGCGCGCCAUUGACUGUAAAGACCUUUCAACUUUACAAAAACCUGAAAUUGACAAACGUUCUCUUGAGUGGAAACUUUGUCACGACGACCGUAUCGCCACAAAUCGACAGGCGGGGAUCAUGUAUCGUGACGAAAUGACGGCGAAGGACUAACUAAUCGCGAACAGGCAACGAUGGUUCGCCUGAGGCGGCGUUUUUCCGCGUAAAAUGCAGUUUGUGUUGUAGUUGGCUAGUGCUCCGCGCGCUCCCCCGUUCAACUCGCCUCAGAGACGACAUGGAUGGAUAUGACGAGGAUCCAGCGAGUAAACUGAUGGAAAACCUCUCCAUAUUUGACGUUUAUCAAGACGGGAUGUACGGGGAACCGAACCCCGAUAUGGAGAAAACUAAACGAAUGAAUGGCAGCUCCUCCGCGCACGGGAACAAAGUCUACGGCGCGGCUCCCCUGCGCUCCGUCAACGGUAACCGACCCUCAGUGCCUCUGGAUUUCUGUUCUCCGCAAAGGGACGCGGUUUAUCCCGAUCCCGACGCGUACUGCACCAAAUCUGAAGUUGCCUUGCCGUGUUACAGCGGCGCGUCGGAGCGUCUCAGAAGAUACACGCAAGCGGAGGUGCAGGCGCACCGGUACAGCGCUGGAUGCGCCUACGACGCGCUCAUUCUGGGGAAGCAGGUGAGGAGCAACAGCUUAUGCAUGGCCACGAGCCCCCGGUCCAGUUUGGCUUCGUCUCACUCGUCGCAAGACCAGAGCAAACACACCAGCCCGAGGUCGAGCAUCAGCAGCCCGCGGUCCAGCUUGGUGUCACCGGGACAGGAGAAGUACUGCGAGGGGAACGGCGUGAUCAGCCCCCGCUCGAGUUACGCCAGCACGGCCAGCGACACCAGCAAACACUCCAGCCCCAGAACCAGCCUCAACAGCUACGACUGCGGGAGCAAACCGAGCAGUAACCGAACCAGCGGCAUCAGCAUGGGCUACGACCAGCGGCACAUCAGCCCCAGAUCGAGCACCACAAGCCCGCGCUCCAGCUACUCUCCCGCGGGGAACCACGAACCGGAGAGCGGCGCGGUGCACGGCAUCCCCAUGACCAGCCCCCGGUCCAGCAUCUGCAGCCAGGACGGUGGCGGGGUUGCGCGACUCGCCGUGGCGGCAAACUGCGUGGUCAGUCCCCGCUCCAGCAUCUCCAGCCACAGCUCCAGGAGUUCACGGAGCUCCAUGAGCGCGUAUCCCGAGCUCCAGCACUCCAUGCUGGGACCCGGUUUGCCGGAGGACGCGCUGCUGCAGGACUUCACGGAGCCAAACGGCCUCCACAACAACCGCGUCCACCUCCAAGCGUUUGCCGAGCCGCAGCAGCAAAAUUCAGACGUCAACAUCGCGUUUAACUACGGGAAGAUGGGCACCGGGGGGCAGCGCUUAAAGCUGCCGUACCAGGUCACUCCAUCCCGGGACAGCGGCCCCAGUCCGGCGGAGCGGCGCCUGGAGGCCCUCACCCUGGAGCUGGAGAAGGAGCUCGAGAUGCACAUGAAAAAGGAAUAUUUUGGUAUCUGUGUAAAGUGUGGUAAAGGUGUGUAUGGAGCGAGUCAAGCGUGUCAGGCGAUGGGGAACCUGUAUCAUACAAACUGCUUCACCUGCUGCUCCUGCGGACGGAGGCUACGAGGAAAGGCUUUCUAUAAUGUCAAUGGAAAGGUUUACUGUGAGGAAGACUUCCUGUACUCCGGGUUCCAGCAGACGGCAGAAAAAUGCUUUGUGUGCGGUCACCUCAUCAUGGAGAUGAUCCUGCAGGCUCUGGGUAAGUCGUAUCAUCCAGGCUGCUUCCGCUGUGUGGUUUGUAAGGAGGGUCUGGACGGUGUUCCUUUCACCGUGGAUGUGGAGAACAACAUCUACUGUGUGAAAGACUACCACACGGUUUUUGCUCCUAAAUGUGCCUCAUGCAACCAGCCCAUCCUCCCAGUGCAGGGUUCAGAGGAGACCAUACGGGUGGUGUCCAUGGAUAAAGAUUACCAUGUGGAAUGCUAUCACUGUGAGGAUUGCGGUCUGCAGUUGAAUGACGAAGAGGGGCAUCGCUGUUAUCCGCUGGAUGGACAUCUGCUGUGCCACCGAUGCCACCUGCACCGGUUAAAAACCCCUCUACCGACCCACCCGCCCCCGAGUUACCCGCUACACGUCACUGAACUGUGAACUCACGCUGAACGUGAACGAGGAGGAAAUCAAGACAGAAGGAUCAGUCCUUCCUCUAAACAAUAAACAGGGGUUCUUGUGUCCGUUUGACCACGUAUCCCCACUUGUUUGGAGUCCAUUUGACCAACCGGGAGGCUUUUAUUAAUAUUUCAUCCCUCAUCACGGUAUCGAGGGGUUUGGGCUCGGUGUCUUCAGCACUGCCGCAGGGGAUCGGAGGGCGACCCGUGCCUAUUUUUCCUCCUGAACGCCAAACAACAGCACUGAACACAGACUGAGAUAUGACUUCCUGUGCCUUCAUCGGAAAUCGGACAUGCACCAUUUCUGUCUCCUGCCAGAUAUUUGUGCCAAGCUGCCCAGGGUCUUUAAAGGGACAGUUCACCUAAAAUGAAAACUACAGUGAUAAUUUGCUCACUGUCGUUCCAAUCUUGUAUGAGUUUUUCUUCCGUGGCAGAAAUGUAUUAAAAUUAUAUUUCAAGGCAAGACACUACAGGAAAUUUUGCUUCCGUGACAAGUCGUAAUUUUUUCCCCAGUGGAAAGAUAUCAUCUAAAAUACACAUUUAAGUGUUUAUUUUAUUACAAUUUAUCUAUUUGCAUCUGUAGUUUUCAAUUACAAUACUUAUCGAUAUUAAUAUAUAUCAAUAUCAAUAACAUUUUCUCUAAUCAAUACACAUUUACACUAAAACUUCAUAGUUUUAUUCUUAUCUUUUUACUGAGUGAUUUUUUUUUCAUGAAUUAUAUUUAACAUUUUAAUCCAAAAACAUGAUUUAUUUCUGACAGUAUUUUCUAUAAAUAAAAUAAAAGAGAAAACCAAAAUCCCCUCUGUAAAAAAUAUGCCAAAAAAAAUCAAAAUAAUUUUGAACAAAUAUUAAUAUUUCUGUUCUGGAAAUACUGCAAAUUAGUGCAUAUCUAAUAUUUAAUUUUAAUUUAUUUAAUUUUUUACUCUGCAAAAAGUUUUCAUGUUCGAAUAUCUAAGCAUUUUUGAAUCAAGAAACAUUUACUUGAGAAGCCCAAUUACUUGUAUUAAGUCCUGCUUUCUGAAAAAUUUAUCCAAAUUUAGUUUUUGCUUAAAGAAAUAAAUAUCUGCCAAUGUUCCCAUUGGCAGAUAUUGUUUCUCAUUUUAAGAAUAAAACUCACUUAAUUUUCUUACAUUUUGCAGAAAACAAGACUUGUUUCUUAUCUAAAUGUGUCUUGAUUUAAGGAUGUUUAGAUAUUUGUACUUGAAAAAUUCAUUUUCUGCAGUGCAUUUAAUAAUGCAUCUUUUGCAUAUUUUAACAUGGCAUUUCAGAAAACUUGUAAUACAAAACAAUCGUCUUAAUGUACAAUGAUCAAUCAAACAAGGAAAGUAUGAUGAUAUCUAUUAGUUAAAAUUUUCCUUAUUAACCUGUGGUGGCUUGCCUUAAAUUGUCCAUAAAUUGUUCAGUUUUGGAGCGACAUGAGGGUGAGUAAAUAAUGGUGAACUGUGCCUUUAAGCACCGAUUUAAUGGCAGCAAUGGGCCGAACACUGAUGCAUCGCUGGCGCAACGCUGGCAUUUACUUCACCAGGUGACAUUGUGAAACCUGCUGCACAUAGAUGGACUAACAAAUGUAUAUUUUGCAGAGGUCUGACAUGAAUCAGGCCGUUAUGACCUGACACCAGCAGAACGGGGCUGGAUCUGUGAACGUGGAGGAUCUUCUCCGCUGACUCUUACGUCGUGCUCUUCAGACACUGGUUUGUCUCUUGAUGAGGUGCCUUCCUGCCUUACAUAUUCCUUAACGUGGAGGAGACACACUGUAAUGUGUCUCAGGAGACUCUUAAGGGACUCUAGAGGUGUGCAGGUGUCAAAGGUUAAGCCUGGAUGUGCUGGACUCAACCAGGCCCGGAGACCUGCUGCGUUCGUCCUGUGUUUGUGUGCGACACGCCGUCUUUAGCAGCUGCGAUGCAAUGAAGCGUAAGGCAACAGAACAUUUUGCACAUGUCAGAAUAAUAGUAAAGUCAUGAAAACUAUGAAAUAACACCUGUAGAGGUCUGGGAAUGAUGUCAAAAUUACUUGUAUUUGAGCUUCUUCUUUAUCUGGAUUCACAUGAACAAAAAUUAUGUGUUGCUGGAAGCUUAUUGCAUCACGUCGCACCUGUUUAGGACAAAAGUGACCGUGUAUGUGGAAAAGAGAGUCUGUGUGUGUGUGUGUGUGUGUGUGUGUGUAGUUGUGUAAAUGUUCAUGUACACUAGUGGCUGGGCCACUGUGUGUGUGUGUGUGUGUGUGUGUGUGUGUGUGUGUGUGUGUGUGUGUGUCAAAUACAGCAACUCUGAUGAGUAUUUAGACACUUAAAGGUAUAGUUCACCCAAAAAUGAAAAUUUGCUGAACUUUUAUAUCACCCUCAGCCUAUUCAAGAUGUACAUGAGUUUGUUUCUUCAUCAGAUUUGGAGAAAUGUAGCAUUGCAUCAGUGUCUCAGCAAUGGAUGCUCUGCAGUGAAUGGGUGCCGUCAGAAGGAGAGUCCAAACAGCUGAUAAAAACAUCACAAAUAAUCCACACCACUCCAGUCCAUCAGUUAACAUCUGGAGAAGACAAAAGCUGAAACAAAUCCAUCAUUACGGUGUUUUUAACUUCAAACCGUUGCUUCCAGCUACAAUACGAGUCCAUAAUCCACAAUAAUGCUUCCUCCAGUGAAAAAAAAUGCAUCCAUAUAUUUGUUUAGAGCUGUUUUGGACUGUCAGACCAGAUGACUUUUUCACUGUGUAAUACAAUAUUAUAGGUAUUACGGAGGACUCAUGUUUUAGCCGGAAGGUUUGAAGUGAAAAUAUCUUGAUGGAUUAGUUUCAGCUUUUGUCUUCUCCAGAUGUUAGCUGAUGGACUGGAGUGGUGUGGAUGUUUUUAUCAGCUCACAUUCUGACGGCACCCAUUCACUGCAGAG